AUGCCGACCCCUGUCGCAUCACCGGGGCCGGCUACUGGGAGCCCGGCAAGCCGACCGCAUGGCGAUGACGUUCUUCUCUUCCCCACCGUCUACGAAGAUGCUUGGGGCGGCUCCGACACCACGCGGACCGACAUGGAAAGGGCACGCAUAUUCCUGUUCCGCAUUGCCUCGAUGAGCAGCGACCAGGCCAUCAACACGGAGCUGCGCGACAUCGUUGGCAACAGGGCCCAGUACCGAAGCGUGCCGGCACUGGCCUUCGCCAUCAAGACGCGCCUGUACGGCGACCGCCACGCAGACUUUGCCGCCACGCCGCUCCUCCAAGCCGUGCGCUUCAUGCUGAUCAAGGCACGAGUUCCCGAGGUCGCCGUCUCGGACCGUAGUCGGGCCGUCAUCGACUUUUUCUUUGAUCCUACGCUGCAACGGAACUUGUCGCCUUUGCCGCCUGGCGCCCUUGUGCGACAUAAGUACCCAUCGGGCCGGCUCAGGGUUUGCAUCGUGGGCGGCGGUCCUACAGGCCUGGCGUCGGCCAUCUCGCUUGCGGAAAAAGGCGCUGGAAAGGUCGAGGUUCAUGUUUACGAGCGCCGUUGGGUGGUGACUGACAACGGGACUGUCGACUAUCCGCCCACGGCCAAGCGCCGCGACCAGGUCGUGACGCUGCAGGACUCUGUCACAAGCCUCCUGAGCAAGGCAUCGUACCAGGCGCUUUUCGAGGGCCGACCUGAGCACGUCUGGCCCGGGUCUGCCAACAUCCAGAUUCGCAAGGUCGAAGAUAGGUUCCUUGAGCGUUGCCAGGCGGACGACUUCCGCGGACUGAUCCACUUACAUGCCGAGGGGGUAACCAGAGAAGAACUCGCCGCAGGAAAGUGCGGAGACUUCCACGUGCUGCUGGGCACUGACGGCGCUGCUUCGUGGGUUCGAAGCAGCUAUUUCCGGGGCUACGAGAAGGAACGGGGCAGAAGCUUUGCUCUGGGUCUUGCUUUUGACCGCGGUGCAAAGGCUGGGCUGCCGUGGAGCCAGUCGCUGAACAUGUUCCUCACCCUGGGCCAGACGCGGUACCUGCUCAACGCGAGCGAUUUCGACGGCCGGGGCUAUCUCAACAUGCAGCUGACGGAGGACGAGUGGGAUAAGAUGGUGAGCGCUGAUGGCCAGCCUAUACACUUUGGCCGGCCGGCUUGUCUCCGGCGUCCUGACGGCAGCGUCCCCGAGGGAUUCGACGAGAGCCGCGUCUUUGCGCCUUCCGAAGACCGGAACUCGCCGCUCUGGAAAUCGAUAGAGGACGGGCUGAAGCUGUUUGGGUUCAAAGAGAACGAGGUUAUCAACGUGGUGCGGAUUCCCAUCGUCGUCCAGGCGGUGCGCGAGGGCGUGCAGCAGCUUCCGCUCGAGGACUCGCGCUCUGUCAAGCGGCCACACGCCUUGGUAGCGGUUGCCGGAGACGCUGCCAUGACCGUCCACUUUUGGCCCGGGCGCGGGCUCAACAGCGGCAUCAAAUCGGGAAUCUCGCUGGGCGACGAGAUCGUGCACGCCCUCAACAGCGGCCGUUUCGCAGGACUCGAGCUAGGAGCCAUGAAACAGUACAACGAGUUCAUCCUGAGGCUCCAAGGCCGCGAGCACGACAAGCGCAGCAUCCCCAUCUUGAAUCAGUCAGGCUCCCCUGAGACGCUUGGCUGGCUGCUAAGUAAGGCGCACACGGUGCCCGACGAGGUGGCUGUCGAGUGGCUGGUUGGCGCCAUGACCCAGAUCGCCGACCGUCUUGAGCGCCGCAGCGAUUGGGCCUUCCCACACGAGGCAAACAUCGAGGCCCAGAUACGCAUUGUUCUGCGCCAGCUGCAUAGCCAGACGCUGCGCGAGAUGGCCGUCAGCUUUCCUUGGCCAACCCGCGAGAUGGCCGGUGCCGAAGUCUUGCCCAUCCGGUCCAUGAAGCCCGAGGAAAAGCAAAAGUGGCUGCAACAGCUCUGGGGGCUGCUGAGUACCGAGAAGAACAAGGACCAGGCCAGGCCGCGAUCUGUUGGCCCGGCACCUUCUUCGGGCCGUUUCGAGGCCCCUAGAGCAGAAGUGCCGCGGGCUGCAUCUCGUUCGCCGUCUCCCAACCCAAUGAGCCGCUCCCCGGGCCGUGAUUCAGAUCCACCAGUCAUACCCCCGGUCCAAAGGCUUAUCAGUGAUAUCGAUAACAUGCUACUUAACCCAACGUCUGCAAGCCUGCGAAGGAGCAAUGCAAAGAGCAACAGACUGUCAUUGACGUCCGCGCCGAGCGCCCGAGCUAGGCGACUCAGCACCUCCGGAGGUGGCUUUGGAGGUGGCGAGGAUAGGCAGGGGCGUCCCCGAGCAGCGAGCAUGGGAGCCUCAGGGGGGGAUGUUGGCCUAACCAGGCUGCUCAGCGUCAAACGGCCCACCGGUUCGGUCCUGUCAGAGGCAAUGGCACUGGCCCUAUUCCGCGUUGAUGAGGAUUAG